UGUGGGGCCGCGACGCCCGGCACACAUGGACCAAGAGGAGAUCGCUCGCAAGAUCAAGCGAGCCAAGGAGCUCGCGGAGCGGCUUUCGGGUAAGCUCGACUCCUUUCUCGCGUCGCUCGGCGCACCACCCGUGUCAUCGGCUGGCGGCGGCGAUGCCGGCGGCAGCAGCCUCGUUCCCUCGCUCGGCACCGCAACCGGCCCAUCGCUCGCUGCCGCGCAGGCCGCGGCGGCGGCCAUCUCCGCCAGCCUGAGCGCGCGCGCCGGCACCGGCGCGAGGACCGGGUGGGAUGUGCAGCCCUCCGCUCUCGACACCGCCCUGGCAUUUGCCGACUCGCUCCAGACGUCGGCGCCUCCGCGUCUGCCGGCGCCGCGCCACCCGGCACCUGUGCACCGGACGCUGGACGAGCUGCUCCAGCGCGACCGCGACCGCAUCGCCGCCGCCGACGCGCGCAACCUCGCCUACCAGCGCGGCAACGCGCACCCGGGCGCCUGCUCCGUGUACGUUACCGGCGUGCCCCCCGACGCAACCGGCCCGGAGCUGGAGGAGCACUUCAGCGUCAUCUCGCCGGUCGCGCGCGUCAAGAUGUACCGCCACCCGACGACGAACGAGCCGAAGGGCGACGCUCUCGACGCCGCCGUCAUGGGCGCCGUCCAGCUGCUGCACCGAAAGAUGCUCCGGCCUGGCAUCGCCCUCUGCGUCUCCAAGGCGGACGACUCCCUGCGCGUGGUCGUGGUGACGGGGCUGGCCGACGCGUCGGAGGUGCCGGUGGCGGAGCGCGCGGCGUGGGAGGGCGAGCUGACGGAUGAGUUAGGAGGGGGAGAGGCGGCGGCGAGUCCGGGACGCGGGUGGCUGCGAGUAGGCGAGUGCUGCCGGCACGGCGAGGUGGAGCGGAUCGGAGUCUACGCGGGGCACGGGGGCGGGGGCGGGCUUGGCUACGGGCGCGGCGACGGAGGUCUGCACGAGCUCGAGACGCGGGCCGCGGUCCGCUUCCAGUCGCUCGAGGCGGCCGCGGCGGCGCUGGACGCGCUCGACGGCCGCCACUUCGACACGCGGCCGCUGCGGGCGGCUUUCGACGACGGCACCUACGCGGCGCGGCUGGACGGGUCGGAAGACACCGAGCGGCAGACGCGCUUCGGCUUUGGAGACGCGGCGGCCGCGUACCAAGACUCGCUGCGUGUGCUGCGGCUCGCGGCGGCAGAGGGCGAGCCGAGUCGAGUGUGUGAGCCGAGCCCACCCGGCGCCGAGGUCGGAGCGGAGGCUGGCCCGAGGGUAGGCGCGCCGAGCAUCGUCUGCGACCGCCCGCUCGGCACGCUGCCGCACUACGACUACCUCCGCCCCGAGGCGGCGCCGGACGGCGGCUACUACCGGCGGCACGACGCCCCGCCCCCGUCGCCGCUCGACGUGUCGCGCGCCAUACUGCAGCGCGCGUCGGACGCGGGCGCGCCGUUUGUGACGUGCGCCGAGUUUGUCGGCCCCGUGCCGCACUACGAUUGGCGGCCCGACGGCCCCGACGUGCUGCGCGAGGCGGCGGCGGCGGGCGCCGAGUUUGUGCUCUGCCCGGAGCACCGGGCGAGCGCGGCGGGCGCCGAGUUUGUCGCGUGCCCGGAGCGCGUGAUGGACCUGCCCGGCUACGAGUUCCGGCUGGUUGGGUCGGAGGGCGUGGGCUACUACAAGGCGGAGGCGGAGGCGGAGGAUGCGCCGGACUACAACGACUUUAUGGCGACGAUGAAGGAGCUGGGCGCGGUGAGCUAGCGCCGCCGACACAUGGACUUCACCGCACUCUCGCUCGCGUGUUGUGUUACGGCUAAAAAUACGCGCGCUAACAGCCUCUAGCCGCGCUGAAUUCC